CUGAACUCAGCGUGACUCUGGGAAACAGUGAAGCUCCGCCCUGCCAGUCUGAGGAAGACAAACCUCCUCCGCAGCGUCUCGGCCUCAGGAGACUGGCUGUGCGUGUUUGCGGAUUCUCUCGAAGUCAAAUGUGUUAUAAUAGCGAUAUUAGAGAGUUUUUAAACUAAGAAGGAAAGCGCCGUUUUACUUUUCGCUGGGACAUUUGAUUUGUGCGCCGCGCGCUCGCCCUCCUCGCGGAGCCGAACGAGUAAAUCUGAGGCGCGGUGGGAGGGACUCCGGCUGCGCUCGCGCUUCCCUCCCCUCGCGCCCGCCGCGGUUGGCUCGGGGAAGUGACAGUCGGCGCAAGGUGAGACUCCACAGGUGGAAAGAUGUUUCACUUCACUUGAGCAACUCUUCCUCGUACAAGUGUAACGGCGACAAUAACAACAACAAACACCGAGACGGGGGGGUAAACAAACUUCUCGGCGUUUUUCCUGAGGGGGCAAGCGGCGCGAGAGACAAGAAGAAGUAGGAAAACCAACAGUAUUUGUGACACUGCUUCCCACGAAGAGGGUGCAAUGCAGAACUAAAGACAGACUGACAAGAAGCAACUGUGGUUAAGCAGGCAUCAAGGAAGAAUGGCAGCACAGGUCGAGAUGAAGUCGGUGACAGGAGAGAGAGCAGGAGUCACAGGCACACUACAUUUUGACUCGCUAGCAGACUCUGGCAGUAAGAGACCAAUAGAUUCUUCCGUGGACUCUCCGGGACAUCUUACUCCAGAGUCUGGCAAGCCUGGAACAAAACCCCACCUGACCCCCAAACCAUUUUCUCUGAACCUAAAACAGCAUGUUCGACCUAUUAUGGCCCCAAAACCUCUUUCUAAACCAAAGUCUAAACUUGAACUUACCACAUGUACCCCUUUUCAGCCCUCCACUGACAGCUCUGAACCCUUUCAACCUGAAAUUUCCAGUUCUGACUCGGGCAGUUUCACAAAUGAGGACAAGCCCAGCUAUGCUAAAUCCGACAUACCUAGCACUCCUAAACCAAACUCUCCUAACCUGUCCAGCGUUCUAAAACCUGACCCAUCCAGCAUUACAAAAUGUGAGCCAAUAAGUACUCCAAACCCCAACCUGGCUAGCUUUCUGAAAACUGAUCCAGCUAGUGUUCCCAAACCUGACCUUCCAAGCACUGCAAAACCUGUCCUUCCAAUUAGUCCAAAACCCAAGCCUCCAAGCACUGUAAAACCUGUCACAAGUACUCCAAAACCUGCCGUGGUUAGUGUUCCUAAACCUGACCUUCCAAGUACAGUAAAACCUGAUCUUCAAAGUACUCCCAAACCCCACCAAGACAGUACUUCCAAACCUAACCUCUGUAGCAACCCAAAACUAUCCCUUUCUCCCAACAUUGACCCAUCAUCUCAGACACCUUCCAGCAAACCUGCUUCUCCACAGUCCCCGGUUGAGCCCGUUCAGUUGACAGUGUCAGAACGGGUGAAGAGAUUGUUACAGUCCCAGAGUUCCCAGAAGUCUUCAGCAGCUGAGUGGUCGGGAAUAACUCAGCAGGAGAAGGAUCAGCAGCAGGAGGGACAUCGUUAUGGACGGAAACACAAAGGGAGUACAUCCAUAAGCAGAACCAAGUCCAUGGGCUUUCUUGACCGGGUUGGGUGGGAAGUGGAUAAGCAUGGGGACACAGACAAAGAAACUGGAGAUGACAAGAACGCAUCCAUAGUAUGGCCACGGAGAAAUAGGUCCUUCAUAGGGCAGUCACCUGUUUCCCAAAAUCAGACCUCUUCAAGCCCCACAACAUCAUCUCAUUGGAGUGGAAGGCAGCCACUCUCCUCAAACCUAAAGUGCAAAUUUGAGCCUCUCAGUUCUGCUCUCCAGAGCCAUGAGGACAAGGAGAAGGCUUCAGAAAGGAGAACAGAAGACACCAGCAUAUCAGCCGGUGAGGAAAAGGAGCAGGUCACAGAUUUCACUACACCUACAAGCCUAGACUCCACGCUGAAGCAGGCAGCACAAGAUGGAAUGGAAGGAGGAAAGGAGAUAACCAAAAACCAGGAAAAGGCUGGUACCAGUAUAAAAAAACGAAUCAGUCUCCUGUUUGACUCACCCUCCCAAGGCGGGGGAGCCACAGACCCAGAAGUGGAACCCCAUCCAUCAGCACAACCAAUCCCAGAGGUGGACAUCUCAGUUGGAGUGAAACAGCGGAUUAAACUGUUGACCGGUGAUGCGACUUCACAUCAGACCACAGCUCAGAGAACUCAGCUGAAGCCCCGCCCACUCUCUCAGGACCUCACUAAAUACUUUUCAGCGGGGGCAACCACAGAGACUGGCAGUCUUGCUACUGUUAGCCUGGAGAAAGCAGGAGCAAGAGACAGUAGAGGGGAUGGGGAAUCUCCUAGGAAGCUUGAAGAUUCCUCUCUUGCCUUUACACCUGAGCAGGAGAGUCCGUCCAUCCUAGAGGAUGAUACAGAGAGACAGAAGGAACUGGAACUGGAGAGACAGAAACAGCUGAAACUCGAACUGGAACUGGAGAGGCAGCGAGAGGCAGAGAGGCAGAAACAGCUGAAGCUGGAAGUGGAGAGGCAGCGAGAGGCAGAGAGGCAGAAACAGCUGGAACUGGAGAGGCAGCGAGAGGCAGAGAGGCAGAAACAGCUGGAACUGGAGAGGCAGCGAGAGGCAGAGAGGCAGAAACAGCUGGAACUGGAGAGGCAGCGAGAGGCAGAGAGGCAGAAACAGCUGGAACUGGAGAGGCAGCGAGAGGCAGAGAGGCAGAAGCAGCUGGAACUGGAGAGGCAGCGAGAGGCAGAGAGGCAGAAGCAGCUGGAACUGGAGAGGCAGCGAGAGGCGGAGAGGCAGAAGCAGCUGGAACUGGAGAGGCAGCGAGAGGCGGAGAGGCAGAAACAGCUGGAACUGGAGAUGCAGCGAGAGGCGGUGAGGCAGAAGCAGCUGGAACUGGAGAUGCAGCGAGAGGCGGAGAGGCAGAAGCAGCUGGAACUGGAGAUGCAGCGAGAGGCGGAGAGGCAGAAACAGCUGGAACUGGAGAGGCAGCGCGAGGCGGAGAGGCUGGAACUGAAGAGGCAGCGAGAGGCGGAGAGGCAGCUGGAACUGGAGAGGCAGCGAGAGGCGGAGAGGCUGGAACUGGAGAGGCAGCGAGAGGCGGAGAGGCAGAGACGGCUGGAACUGGAGAGGCAGCGCGAGGCGGAGAGGCUGGAACUGAAGAGGCAGCGAGAGGCGGAGAGGCAGCUGGAACUGGAGAGGCAGCGAGAGGCGGAGAGGCUGGAACUGGAGAGGCAGCGAGAGGCGGAGAGGCAGAGACGGCUGGAACUGGAGAGGCAGCGAGAGGCGGAGAGGCAGAGACAGCUGGAACUGGAGAGGCAGCGAGAGGCGGAGAAGCAGAGACAGCUGGAACUGGAGAGGCAGCGAGAGGCGGAGAAGCAGAGACAGCUGGAACUGGAGAGGCAGCGAGAGGCGGAGAGGCAGAAACAGCUGGAACUGGAGAAGCAGCGAGAGGCGGAGAGGCAGAGACAGCUGGAACUGGAGAAGCAGCGAGAGGCGGAGAGGCAGAGACAGCUGGAACUGGAGAGGCAGCGAGAGGCGGAGAGGCAGAAACAGCUGGAACUGGAGAAGCAGCGAGAGGCGGAGAGGCUGGAACUGAAGAGGCAGCGAGAGGCGGAGAGGCAGAAGCAGCUGGAACUGGAGAGGCAGCGAGAGGCGGAGAGGCAGAAUCAGCUGGAACUGGAGAGGCAGCGAGAGGCGGAGAGGCAGAAACAGCUGGAGCUGGAGAGGCAGCGAGAGGCGGAGAGGCAGAAACAGCUAGAGCUGGAGAGGCAGCGAGAGGCGGAGAGGCAGAAGCAGCUGGAGCUGGAGAGGCAGCGAGAGGCGGAGAGGCAGAAGCAGCUGGAGCUGGAGAGGCAGCGACAGCUGGAGCUGGAGAGGCAGCGAGAGGCGGAGAGGCAGCGACAGCUGGAGCUGGAGAGGCAGCGAGAGGCGGAGAGGCAGAAACAGCUGGAGCUGGAGAGGCAGCGAGAGGCGGAGAGGCAGAAACAGCUGGAGCUGGAGAGUCAGAGAGAGCUGGAGAGGCAGAAACAGCUGGAAAUGGAGAGACAUCUGGAACUGGAGAGGCAGCGAGAGGCGGAGAGGCAGAGACAGCUGGAACUGGAGAGGCAGCUUGAAUUAGAGAGACGGAAACAGCUGGAAUUAGUGAGGCAGCAAGAGGCAGAGAGACAGAAAAAGAUACAAGAAGACAGGGAGAGAACUACCUACAGAACUCCACCCAAAGGGCAAAUACCGAUAAAAGUAAGUGGUGGCAGAGAGAGUGAUGUAGCACCUUUGGAUGAGCAGGUGGUAUAUGAUGAUUUCUCAGUGAAGUCCAGAAGAUGGGGAUAUAUGAGGAACAGGAAGUCUUCCAUGGACACAGCCUUUCGCAAUUCUCAGAGCUUAGCCCCUGAUGAUGAUGAGGAGGAGGAGGAGAGCGAUGAGAAUUAUAGACAGAGGUCGGGAAACCAAAGGCAGCAGCAAGAGAUGGAAGGAAAGGAUGAAGACAAUACAGAGAAAUUAGAUAAGUGGACAAAAAGUAUGGAACAAGAGAGGGAGGUGCGAGAUCUGGAGGAGAGGAAGAUGAAUGAAUCAGGUAGAGGGAACCAGCAAAAUGAAGAGGAGCACCCAGGAAGAGCGACGCCUUUGGACAGUUCUGAUUGCUAUAACACUGAGGUGCACAGAAAAUCGGGGGAGAUGAUAGCAGAGGAUGAAAGACCACUGUCCUCCAGUAAAAUGCCCCCCCAGCCGCCCUCGAAACCAGCUGCCAAGGGAAGACCACCAUGCACUCAGACAGAGGAUGGUUUACGAAUGAGGUCCCACAGCAUGAGCCUUGGGUCAGAGCAAGGAACGAGUCGCCUAGAGGGGUCUCUGGCCCGGGUGAGGAGUCGCAGCAUCCACAGAGUGUCAGGCAUGGAGGAAAAAAACUUGCACUCUGGCAGUCGGGAUGAGGAGGAGGAGGAAGGGUGUCGGGAUACAGACAGGCUGGUCCAAGAAACAGAUCAGUACGGCUCCUUGGACACUACAGAGCACACUGAUGACAGGGUCACGUGCGAGGAACCCUGCUCGCCGAGCAAGCCUGACACACCUGAGAGCCCCUCCCCCUCACCCUCUGUGGACACAGAGCCACUCCCCUUCCCAGAGACUCCCACAUCUCUACUGGACUCUAGCGCUCUGCGCUCCAGGGUUCAGCUCUAUAAGAGGAGGCGGAGCCAGCGAGCGCCACCCUCAAGGGAAGCCCGUCUCAGAGCCGUGCAGCAGGAGGGCAGUGAUUCCCAGUGGAGGUUCCAUGACUCCACAGAGAAGAGAACUGAAGCAAAGAUGGAGGAGGAUUCUGAGUCGGAGGAGGAGACAAGGGCACCGGAGCCGUGCGUCCCAUUCAGUCAGCCGCAGAGAGUCCCCCUCUUUGCUGGAAUGGACCCUUCUGUCCUCAAGACUCAGCUGAAAAAGCGAGGAGACUCUGACAGUAUGACAGAGCAAACCCAGGCCACACCUCCUCGCUCUUCCAAAUCCCCCUUCCUUCCGCAGGCUACAAGGGUGCUGCCCCCUGUCGGAGGGAAGGAGAACAGUGGAGAGUCCUCCCCUCAAUGGCUCCAGAAGCUCAAGUCCAAGAAGGCUUUUAGCCAGAACGAGAGCGACAUCUAGCGGAGGAGCACAAGGUCGGUCCUGUCAGUAACACUCGUUGGCGUCGCCCUCAAGAACUCGCUCACACAGCCCUGUGAUUAUCAUUUCCAGCACAUUAGUUGUGUUCCGAAUCUGUGAAAUGCACUUAGACACUUAACUCUAAAAUCAUCCUAAAGUUCUGGAACACAGACAUGAAUAUGAGAUACAGUACGAGACAGAGUAAACUCUUUAAGGGCCACCCUUAGAAAAAGUCAUUUUUGGGAGAGAAACUGGAGAAAUUUUGUCACUUGUCACUGUGUCAAGACACAUUGUACACUUUACUUUGCAGUUGGUCUUAAAGCUGCAUGCCGCAAAGGAAGUACCACCAGCGAGGUUACAAUAAACAGCCUUAGCGUUGACUCUG